CUUAUUUAGUUAAAUUUUUUUCCAUUUCGUUCUAUAUACGAUUUAUUGUACGAAUCAGGAACAAUCAUCGCCUUUCAGAAAUCCGCAAAAAGAUAAGUCGCACGCUACACAAGAUCGACUCGAGGGUUAAACGGCCAAUGAGAUCGGUAUUACAUCCCAGAAUGACGCUGCGCACUCGAGUCGGGUUCGCCUAUCAUUAGCUUACAUAACGACAGAUUAGUACGAGUGCUUGUAUAAAUCAUUGCGUAAAAACUCGUGGAAACUUUUAGUCCGUGGCGAAAAAGGAGAUUCCCGAAGCUCGCGGAUCAGGUGGAGCCCGAUCCUUAAACGAUCUCUUCCAACAAAACGUCCUCGAUGUCUCUAUGAUAGCUGAGGGAACGACUCAAAUGUCAUCUCAAGAUAACAGAAGUCACAAGAUAACAGUUUCAACCGCGUUAAAAACGCCAGGUUAAAACGACGAGCAUAACCUUAAUGCUAAUCCACUGGGAUGUAUUCGGUAGCCGGGAGCGGAAUCAGGACGAGGAAGAUCAGAGGACUUCGCCAAACGUUUGGAGAACAGAUGCCAGAUUUUUUUAUAUUAAAGUAACAAACAUGGCAGAGAAAUGUGCAAGCACAAACGACGGAAAUUGUCCACCAGUGAAGAAAGUUAAGUUGGACGACGGAAGCACCAACGUGGUUGAGAAGAAUUUGGGCGAGAAUGAUACGAGUGAGACAGAGCUGAAUCUAUCAGAUUUCAAAGUAACUAGGGUGCUACAAAAUAACUGUGCUCGAAAGUUGAUAUGCAUGGAAGGGACAUUUGAGAAUCGUGAGGGCCAGGCGGUUGUUCUGCUCGAGCAAAAGAGUUUUCCUCAGGACAAGGUGGUCUUGGAGAAAGAUUUCUUUGAUGGAAAGACGACCUUCCGAAAGAUCUUUACCAAUGACGUCUACAGAAAUUACAAUUGUUUUCCAACCAAGGAAAAUAAUGGUCUACACGUGACUGUGAUAUACCCUGCUUCUCAGACACACAUCGAUAAAUAUAAGAGACAGGAGUUGUAUGUGAUAGAUGAAACCUAUGAACUUUAUCAGCAGGUCACUCUCCCUUAUAUUGAGUCAAUGAGUCUGAGUUUGGAGUGGAUUACUAAUAUUUUGGAGCACAAAGCUGAACAAGAAAGUAUUAUUUACGAGGACCCUGACAAGGAUAAUGGUUUUGUAUUAGUAACAGAUUUUAAAUGGGAUAAACAGAUGGAUACAUUGAAAUUAUUGGCACUACCAUUUAAAAAAAUAAGGUCAUUGCGAGAGUUGAAUGGGUCUCAUCUUCCUUUAUUAAAAAAUAUACAAGAUGCUGGAACGGCAGCGAUUAGUAAAAAAUUUAACAUACCUGCAUCUCAGCUCAGAAUAUAUUUCCAUUAUCAGCCAUCAUACUAUUAUCUACAUGUGCAUUUCUGCUAUCUUAUGUUUGAGGCACCAGGAAUAUAUGUGGAAAAAGCGCAUCUUUUAUCAACAGUUAUACGGAAUUUGGAACUGAUGUCGGACUAUUACACGAAAGCAGUACUUUCGUAUGUCGUGUUUAAAGGAAGUCCACUUUACGAAAAGUUUAAAUCUCAUGGAGCUUUACAAAUCUCAACAUGUGAAACACAAGAGACUGUAAAUAUAGUAUAAAUAAGACUGCUUUUCUUUGAAAAAACGUAAGUUAUACUUUACGUUUGUAUACAAUAAGAAAUUGAUAUGUAUUCUAUUUACUAUUUGAAAAUAAGAAAAGACAAUCACAAAACAUGCAGUGUUAUUAAUCAGAAACAUUUUCUGUAGAAAUAGCAUCUUCGUAUGAAUAAAGUAUAUUAGAAUCAUACCUUAAAUUACUUAUAGUUGAAAAUAGUUAAAGAAGAUGGAAGACUGAAGAAUACUUAUUUUUUACACAACCAUUUUUUAAAGA